AUGGCUCAAGAACAGAUCACCCUUUACACUUCGAAGGUGUGCCCAAAAUGUCAAAGGACUGAAAUUGCCCUCGCCGAGGCUGGCGCUCCAUUCAAAAGAUGCGAGAUCAGUUUGUUGAUUAAGCCAGAGUGGUUCGCCCCAAAAGUGAACCGCGCCAACCAGAUACCGGCUAUUACCUAUGGUGGGCCCGACGUAGCCCCAGAAAAUCCUUCUCCCGAAUCUACUAAAUUGGCAGAGUCUCUCAUCCUCGUUGAGUUCAUAGGCGAUUUGUACCCCUCUUCCGGUAUCGUACCUGCGGACCCUGUGCUGCGCGCCAAGGCCCGUUUCUUCGUCGAGAUCGUAUCCACUAAAUUCAGUCCCGAUUUCAAGAGGUUUGUUUUUGGCAAUCCGGAAACUACACAUCUCGCUCUUCUCGCCGGCGUGAAUGCCAUUCAGAACAUUCUACCCGACAGUGGAAAAUACGCUGUUGGUGACCAGUACACCUUUGCGGACAUUUCAUUCACGCCGCUCUGGGCAAGAUUAAUUGUGUUGUUGCAGAAGGGAAUUGGUGCCUACAAAGAUGAGGAGAGGGGAAGCUUCUGGAAGGCUAUAGAAGACCCAAAGUAUGCGAAAUUUAACGGGUAUGUGCAAAGAUUGCUGGAAAGGCAGAGCUUCAAAUCCACAUUCCACGAGGACAUUGUGGUAGAGAAAUUCACAAAGAAGUUCGGAUUGGCAAAAUAAGCAGGAUUUUCAGGGGGUAUCGUCAUGCAGAUUGUGUCAUUAACCACCAUUUGACUCGUUCGGUCCAAUUUUCUAGCGUUUGGUCAACAGCUCACCGUGAUUUUAUACAAGUUCUCUAGUCUCGAGGGUAUUAUGGUGUCGUAUUAUGGUGUCGUAUUAUGGUGUCGUCUUA